AUGAUUUUAAUAACAUGUAUACGUCUCUCAUCGUCUCUUGCCAAUCUUUACUCAACGACUCAAACCGCAUCAGGUGGCUGCGGCGAAUGGUCGCUGCGUUUUACUGGUGUCCCUGUUCUACUGCAUGACGCUGGAAUAUGCAGAUCCAGGUCGGAACCUCGAGUUCAGCUGAUCCUGGCAGAGCGAGGAACAUGCUUUACCUUGUGGCGAGAUACUGUCGAUCAUCUUUCUGAUUAUAGAGAUGCUGGCCAGGCAUUCCAUACAAUGUGUUUGGGCUCAGACCAUCGCGUCCUCGUUGGCUUAUCGUUCGAUAGUGCUGCUGCCGCCAAAGAGACAUGGGCUCGCGUUGAACGUCUUGUCUCUGAUCCAGAGAACAUUCGUCUUAACGCAGGAGGACGUAAGAAGAACAAGAAAAACAAGAAGAAUUCCAAUACCUGCGGCAGUAGGAAGCAAUUGCAGCAGCUAGAGUUGCCUAGAAGGCCUGCUUCCAAAAGCCAAAUAUCUAUACCUUGUCAAUUUCAACAUGUGACCAGCGUUACAGCUGCGGAUAGAGACAGGUAUUUCACUUUGCAGGCUAUGGUGGGUCCGCCGGACGGACAAACAACUCGCUGAAGUAAUAGAAUUACUUAUUUUAAAUAAUAUUUAGAGUAUAAUCAAUAUGUUUAAAAUGUGUGUAAUCUAAUUUGGAAACUGGGAGUUGCCUUAUGCAAGCAGGUUUAUUGGUUUCUACGAUUCUAGAGGAAAUUGCAGGUGGUUCACAUGCUACAAAUGUUGUCAAGUAUAUUGAAGUUUCAAUUUUCGGAUAAAAUAAUUAUAUUAUGGGACCGGUGUCUUUUGUUGAAUAAGUGCAUGAAUUAAUAGUUACAAAUUGUCGGCAGUGUCUUUGCCGUUGAAUGGAGCGUUUUAUACAAUAUAACUGAUUUUAAAACCUAAGCUUUAAAUGGCACAAUCGUCAGAAUAUAACAUUAG